AUGCCAUUAGAGGCUCCAGCGUAUGUCGAAAAGCUGUAUGCCAAAUUAGCUCUUGAAGACGGAGAAAAUGAGGCUUCAACUGUAGAGAAUUUUUCGCGGCUGCAGGAGCGAGAUGGAGGUUUUAAAGAAUCGUUUGGUUAUGAAAAUAAUGGUGGAGAAUUUGUUUCGGAUUAUGCAAAAAUUGUUGGAGUUCCAGAGGGGAAACCGACAGGACUGGCGAAUGUUGGGAAUUCCUGCUAUAUGAAUGCGGCCCUACAAGCAGUUUCUUGUCUACCUUUUUUUACUGCCUCUGUUGCUGCGUCUCGUCGUUGUUUAACCAAAGUUGGGUUGUUUGGCCCUGAGACGACUCCUAUCCAAUGUUCGCUCUACGAAUUAUUCAGUGGCCAGAAAAUAUCCUUUCCGAAAGUAAUGGGUGUCCUUCUUUCACGAAUUGGUGAAAGUGUUUUUCAUGAAAAGUUCCUCGAGUGCAGACAGCAGGACGCGCAUGAAUUUUUGGUAUAUUUUUUGUCGCAGAUGGAGAGUGAGUACGACAAAUGUGAGAACUUUUUAUCGAAAAAAGUGUGGGAACGUAUACGUUCCUUCAAUCCAGUGGUGAGCACAUUCCGGUUUAAAAUGCAACAAAUAAUUGAGUGUAAGACGUGCAAAACUGUGAAGCAGUUAUCUGAUGAUCAGUUGGAUUUAAAACUACACAUUCCUCCAGGAAUUAUAGACACAAAUGGAGGAGAUUACUCAGAGGAUGGCAUUACUCUACAAUCACUAGUGGAGAACGUUUUGUCUAACGAAAAGUUUCAGUAUAGCUGUGAAUCCUGUGGUAUGAGCAGCGCAGAGCUUGUACAGUGCUUUGAUUCCUUUCCAAAGUUACUAAUAGUGGUUUUAAAUCGUUAUGGUUAUGACAAAAGCACAGACCAGGAAUACAAAUGGCACGGAAGCGUAGGGUGCACAUUGGUCCUCAAAAUAAGACAAAGCCACGCACUAAGCCGCUUAUCUGCUUGUAGCCAACAUUGCGCAAGACAAAAAAUUCGGACUUGUAUAGGGGCGGUAGUUCCAGAAAAGCCUCAACUUACGGCUUUAUAUGGUGAAGAUUUUGGGGGGAAGAAACAUGACACGAUUCGCAGAACUUUAUCAUCGUCAGUUUUGGAAAGUCGUACUGUAAAUCCAGAUGCGAAAAGUCAGAAAAGAAAAGGCAACGUUGAUGCGAAACACAGUCUCUCUGAUUUAAAAAAAUCAAAAAUGGAGUCCCCUUGCAAAUUAGCUCAACAAGGUUCGUCAUAUAGCGGAAGUGAAGAGCUUUCAGAUGAAGAAGACGAUAACUGUGUAGAAGUAAUUGGCGACAAGGAUACUGAGUUAUUGCCAGCACGUAUUCCAACUGACGCCUUCCGAAAACGAGCUUGUGCUUUACUUGGUUUGAAACCUGCGAAGAAAAAUGUUUUUGAUAAUGAAGGAGAAGCGGUAUGGGUUCAUAGGACUUGUCCUCCUGCUUAUACAUAUAGUGUUAUUGCCGAUGGGAAUUGUUUGUUUCGAGCUCUUUCUUUUUAUGUAACGGGAGGCAAUGAACGGUUUCAUACUGCCGUGCGAGCACGAAUCGCUACAUUUCAAAAGAAAUAUGGAGAUAAGUUCCGUCUGUUAUAUGGUAUGUCUCUUUCUGAAUGGAACAAUUAUGUGGAAGACAUCUCAACUGAAGGAGUAUGGGGCUCGGAUAAGGAGUUACAUGCUGUCGCUACUAUGCUGGAUGCCGAUGUCUGGACAUUUUAUCGGGGACGUUGGUUGGUGUACCGACCGAGUUAUUUAUUUUUGCGACUCUACUCGCUUCUAGAUGGUGCCGUAAAAAGCGGUACUGAUGCGGUGAGGGACUCGAUCUAUUUGGUUAAUGACAGAGAGCACUACGACCCAGUUAUUGAUGUCAUAGACAUUAUGUAUGCGAUACUUGGAAUCAAAGAAGUGAUAUUUGGUUUUACUGUGACGACGACAAAGUGCAGCAGGUUUCUGAAAGUUCUGUUGUGGAGAGGUCUAGCACUUCAGGAUACAUUUACAUCUUCCAGAAGUUUGGUACAGAUGAGGGAUAUAAUUAAUUACUAUCUUGAUCCAUUUAAUAGGAAAAGUCGGACGGCACCAAAAAUUUUUCAUGGUGUUUUGCAACUGAUCUCUAAUUUUGUGCCUUAA